CAGCCUGCUCUCACCACACUACUACUACUACUACUACUACUACUACUACUACUACUACUACUACUACUACUACUACUACUACUACUACUACUACUACUACUACUACUACUACUACUACUACUACUACUACUACUACUACUACUACUACUACUACUACUACUACUACUACUACUACUACUACUACUACUACUACUACUACUACUACUACUACUACUACUACUACUACUACUACUACUACUACUACUACUACUACUACUACUACUACUACUACUACUACUACUACUACUACUACUACUACUACUACUACUACUACUACUACUACUACUACUACUACUACUACUACUACUACUACUACUACUACUACUACUACUACUACUACUACUACUACUACUACUACUACUACUACUACUACUACUACUACUACUACUACUACUACUACUACUACUACUACUACUACUACUACUACUACUACUACUACUACUACUACUACUACUACUACUACUACUACUACUACUACUACUACUACUACUACUACUACUACUACUACUACUACUACUACUACUACUACUACUACUACUACUACUACUACUACUACUACUACUACUACUACUACUACUACUACUACUACUACUACUACUACUACUACUACUACUACUACUACUACUACUACUACUACUACUACUACUACUACUACUACUACUACUACUACUACUACUACUACUACUACUACUACUACUACUACUACUACUACUACUACUACUACUACUACUACUACUACUACUACUACUACUACUACUACUACUACUACUACUACUACUACUACUACUACUACUACUACUACUACUACUACUACUACUACUACUACUACUACUACUACUACUACUACUACUACUACUACUACUACUACUACUACUACUACUACUACUACUACUACUACUACUACUACUACUACUACUACUACUACUACUACUACUACUACUACUACUACUACUACUACUACUACUACUACUACUACUACUACUACUACUACUACUACUACUACUACUACUACUACUACUACUACUACUACUACUACUACUACUACUACUACUACUACUACUACUACUACUACUACUACUACUACUACUACUACUACUACUACUACUACUACUACUACUACUACUACUACUACUACUACUACUACUACUACUACUACUACUACUACUACUACUACUACUACUACUACUACUACUACUACUACUACUACUACUACUACUACUACUACUACUACUACUACUACUACUACUACUACUACUACUACUACUACUACUACUACUACUACUACUACUACUACUACUACUACUACUACUACUACUACUACUACUACUACUACUACUACUACUACUACUACUACUACUACUACUACUACUACUACUACUACUACUACUACUACUACUACUACUACUACUACUACUACUACUACUACUACUACUACUACUACUACUACUACUACUACUACUACUACUACUACUACUACUACUACUACUACUACUACUACUACUACUACUACUACUACUACUACUACUACUACUACUACUACUACUACUACUACUACUACUACUACUACUACUACUACUACUACUACUACUACUACUACUACUACUACUACUACUACUACUACUACUACUACUACUACUACUACUACUACUACUACUACUACUACUACUACUACUACUACUACUACUACUACUACUACUACUACUACUACUACUACUACUACUACUACUACUACUACUACUACUACUACUACUACUACUACUACUACUACUACUACUACUACUACUACUACUACUACUACUACUACUACUACUACUACUACUACUACUACUACUACUACUACUACUACUACUACUACUACUACUACUACUACUACUACUACUACUACUACUACUACUACUACUACUACUACUACUACUACUACUACUACUACUACUACUACUACUACUACUACUACUACUACUACUACUACUACUACUACUACUACUACUACUACUACUACUACUACUACUACUACUACUACUACUACUACUACUACUACUACUACUACUACUACUACUACUACUACUACUACUACUACUACUACUACUACUACUACUACUACUACUACUACUACUACUACUACUACUACUACUACUACUACUACUACUACUACUACUACUACUACUACUACUACUACUACUACUACUACUACUACUACUACUACUACUACUACUACUACUACUACUACUACUACUACUACUACUACUACUUUUUCUUACACGUUCCCAGUGGAACACAGGGCCUCAAGCUAG